AUGAACAAACUAGAAGGGAAGGUGGCUAUAAUCACCGGCGGCGCAAGUGGUAUCGGAGCAGCCACCGCUCGUCUGUUUGCAAAACAAGGUGCAUGUGCGGUUGUGAUCUGUGAUAUCCAAGAUGAACUCGGAAAAGAUCUCUGCAAAUCCAUCGGCUCACACUGUUGCACGUACAUACAUUGUGACGUUAGUGACGAAACCCAAGUGAAGUCCCUAGUGGACUGGACGGUGGAGACAUACGGCAAGCUUGAUAUUAUGAUUAGCAACGCCGGGAUCGCUAGUAAAUCCGACCAGACCGUAGUCGACAUGGAUAUGAAGCAUCUUGACGACCUCUUUGCCAUCAAUAUCCGCGGCAUGGUGGCUUGCCUGAAGCAUGCGGCGCGCUCGAUGGUGGAGCGGAAGGUGAAGGGAAACAUUAUAUGCAUGUCUAGCGUGUUGGGAAGGCAAGCAGUGUUGCAGCAUACGGAUUAUUGUAUGUCAAAACAUGCGGUGAUUGGGUUGAUGAAAUCGGCGAGCAAGCAGCUGGGGCAAUACGGGAUUCGAGUGAAUGCUGUGUCGCCUUCGGUGGUGGCUACGCCGUUGAUGUGCAACAUGCUUGAGAAAGAGGCGGCAGAAGUGGAGAAGAUUUUUGAACCGUUCACCAGCUUGAAAGGCGUGAUCUUGAAAGCGGAGGACGUUGCUCACGCCGUCUUGUUCCUGGCCAACGGGGAGUCUGGUUUUAUCACCGGCCAUGAUCUGGCUGUCGACGGAGGUUUUACUAUUUCAUAA